UGGCGUUUUACCGAAUCAUCCUGUACAAAUGAACUUACAACUGAGAGAGAAAUAGGAGAAAGAGAGAUGGCAGCAGAGGAAACAAAGGUUCUGCAGGAAGCAUAUCCAAUGAAAGGUGGAGAUGGCCUCUAUAGUUAUGCCAAGAACUCUACAUAUCAGAGAAAAGCUACCGGUUAUGCCAAAGAAUUGAUAAAGGCAGCAAUUGCAGGGAAGCUUGACAAAGAAAUCUUACUUUCUUCCAAAACUUUCCGCAUUGCAGAUUUGGGUUGCUCUGUUGGACCCAAUACAUUUUCGGCGGUACAAAAUAUACUCGAAGCAGUCGAGUCCAAGUACCAGUACUAUUGCCAAGAAUUGAAUCCCCAAAUCCCAGAUUUUCAAGUUUUCUUUAACGAUCAUACCUCAAAUGAUUUCAACCUACUUUUUACAUCCCUUCCUAAUGACCGGGGAUAUUAUGCAGCAGGUGUUCCAGGAUCUUUCUACGGUCGCUUGUUUCCUGAGAAUUCUAUUCACUUUGUUCAUUCUUCUUAUGCCAUCCAGUGGCUAUCUGGAGUGCCCAAAGAAUUGGUGAACAAGAAUUCUCCUGCAUGGAAUAAAGGCCGGAUUCAUUACUCGAGUUCGGGAGAUGAAGUAGUUAUGGCUUAUAAAGCUCAGUUUGAUAAGGAUAUGGAGCAAUUUCUACAAGCCAGGGCACAAGAGAUUGUUUGUGGAGGAUUGAUGGUACUAAUUUUUCCUGGUAUCCCCAACGGAACUCAUCAUUCUCAAAAUCAGCCUAGUAUUAAUUUCGAGAUUCUUGGAUCUUGCCUCAUGGACUUAGCAAGGAAGGGAAUGAUUAGUGAGGAGAAAGUAGACUCCUUUAAUAUACCAACGUAUAACAUGUCUCCACAAGAACUAGAAGCAGCUGUUGAAAGAAAUGGUUGUUUUAGCAUAGAGGGAAAGGAAAACCUGCCUCUUUCUGUACAAAGUGACUCUGGUGACCAAAACAUUAGUGGCCAGUUUGUUGAAUCUCAUUUGAGAGCUGUCGUGGAAGGGAUAAUCAAGCAGCAUUUUGGUGAAAAGAUCUUGGAUGUUCUCUUUGACUGCUAUAGGAGGAAACUUCAUGAGAAUUUUUCCAUUUUUGAGUCGGGAAAAAUGGGCAGCUUCUUUUUCCUUCUUAAACGCAGAGCAGCCAACUAGGUAACUGGCUAGCUAUAAAUGACCUACAUUCUGUUUUGUUCUUCUACUAUUUGUAUUAGUGCUGCAUUGCAUUUUGGUUUUUAUUUUGUUAGAGGGACACACAAAAUUACUAUGACUUUAAUGUGGUAAGAAAAUAAAUGGUGGACAUGAAUUCGGUGAAAGAUAUGAAAUUAAGUGUAUUUCAUAUUCUUA